AUGUCGUACGGAACAAUCGCCCCAGCGGAGUCUCAUAGCCCAGCUCUCGAGCACGAGAACGACCAUGGAGUCCAGGAACAGGGUCAAGAAGAGGAACCGCUGCUCCCCGCAGCAGACUGGACGCCGCCCAAAGGCUUCCUCUGGAUCCAAGUCGCAAUCUUCGCCAACGUCUUCCUCUCCGGCUUCGACGGCACAAUCACAGCCUCCACCUACGCCCUGAUCAGCUCCGACUUCAACGCCGCAAACACCUCCUCCUGGCUCACAACCUCCUACCUCAUCACCAGCACCGCCUUCCAGCCCCUCUACGGCCGCUUCUCCGACAUCUUCGGCCGCCGCGCCUGCUUCUUUACGUCCACAAUAACCUUCCUCCUCGGCUGCACAGGCUGCGCCCUCGCGCGCGACGUCAUCUUCUUAAACCUCAUGCGCGCCCUAACCGGCAUUGGCGGCGGCGGCCUGAUGACCAUGGCAACCAUCAUCAAUUCCGAUAUGGUUCCGUUCCAGCGCCGCGGGAUGUACCAGGCUGUGCAGAAUGUGCUGCAUGGGUUUGGGUCGAUCUGUGGGGCGUCGCUGGGGGGGUGGAUUGCGAAUGGCGUUGGGUGGCGGUGGUGCUUUUUGCUGCAGGUUCCUGUGGCUGUUUUUGCGCUUGGUGUUGGGUGGCUUGUUAUUCCUGCCCCUCGGCCGGUUAAGCAGAUAGUCGGUGCUGGAUUGGGCGUUUGGAAGCAGGUUGAUCUUGCCGGUGCGCUGCUGCUUAUUCUGGGGUUGUCGGUGCAGCUUGUGGGGUUGAGUUUGGGGGGGAAUGAACUCCCCUGGAGUGAUGGGUGGGUUGUUGGGUGUUUGGUCGGCAGUGUGGUUCUGCUGGCUGGGUUCGUCGUUGUUGAGGCGAGGACGAGUGCGAUUCCUGUUAUUCCGUUGAGGAUGUUGAGGGGUCUGUUGCCGGUUUCGACGCAGGUUGCGAAUGUCUGUGUUGGGAUGGCUGCUUACGCUUUUCUCUUCAACCUCCCGCUCUUCUUCCAGAUCGUCCUCCUCGACAGCGCAUCAAAAGCCGGUGCGCGUCUCGUCAUCCCCUCCCUUGCAACGCCUAUCGGCGGCCUCUUAUCCGGAAUCAUAAUGUCGCGGUACGUCCUCAUGUUCAUCGGCAAUCUCCUCGUCAUGCUCCUCGACUUUGAAGACUCGGCCUGGAAAUAUCUCGUCUAUGUUAUCCCCGCGAAUCUAGGACAGGGCGUCGUCUAUCCAGCUAUUCUGUUUACGAUUCUCGCAGCAUUCGGUCAUGAAGACCAUGCGGUCUCCGCGUCGACGGUGUACCUCAUUCGCUCGCUGGGAACGGUAUACGGCGUUGCGAUUACUUCUGCGAUUGUCCAGAAUGAGCUCGUGCGCUCCCUGCCUGGGGCGUUGCGAGCUCGUUCAUCCGUGACUCUUAUCCCGCUCCAAAUAUCCACCUCCUUGAUUUGGCAUGGCAACCGCUCACCAUCUUAUUUUCUCAUCCAGGUAAUCGACGAGAUCCGCCACUCCGUCAGUGCGAUUUACAACCUCGAUCCGGAGAACCAACUCGUUGCAAGACAGGUGUACUAUGGCGGCAUCCGCAUGGCAUUUGGGGUCAGUGCAGGCUUUGGCGCUAUCGCUGUUGUUGCGGCGUUGUUCGCGAGGGGACGGGGUCUCAAGAGGGAAGGUUGA